AAACCCGGCCCGGGCAGCCCUCCCGGGCUCUCCCUCGCUGCCCCCGGCUGCGGGGCCGGGGGGGCGGGCGGUGCCCCCCGCCCAUGCCCGUCGCCCGCCCCUAGGCAGCCCCGCGGCGGGGGCUGGCGGCGGCUGGGCACGGCGGAUGGAGCGGCGGCGGGGAUUUUUAUAUGUGCCCUGAUGCCGCAGGGUCUCUUUGCUCCUGGAAAUGCAGCUCUCUUCCAGUGUGGCUGAGCUCAGCUGCGACGAGACGAUGGACCCACCCGCCGAGGACUUCCAGCAGGUCCUGUCCAUUGACCAAAUCCGCUCCAUCCGUGCCAGCAACAACUACGUGGAGAGGCCGGCUGCCUGCUUCCAGCAAGCCCGCUCCAACCCGUCCCUGUCGCAGCCACCGCACAAGCAGGAGUGGCCUCAGGACCGCCUGGUGUCUUCCACCUUCCCGGACCUGCACCGCAGCCACAGCCAGCAGCACCAGAUGCCACCCCUGCAGCAACCCAUGAGCCAUUCCAGCACGGCCAGCUCCGUGUCCCAAAGCACCACCGCCUCCGACCAGCGCCUCCUGAGCAGCCUGACACCGUCCCACUCGGGCCACUCGCUCAUCCGGACGCAGCCCCGGGCCGGCGAGCUGAAGCCGGAGGAGUCUCCGCUGAAGGGGGCGGUGGAGAAGCCCAGCCUGCACGCCGGGCACCUCUUCAUCUGCGAGGAGUGCGGGCGGUGCAAGUGCGCCCGCUGCACGGCCGCGCGCAGCCUGCCCUCCUGCUGGCUCUGCAACCAGCGCUGCCUCUGCUCCCCCGAGAGCCUCCUCGACUAUGGGACUUGCCUCUGCUGCGUCAAGGGUCUCUUCUACCACUGCUCCACCGACGACGAGGACACCUGCGCCGAUGACCCCUGCUCCUGUGGGCCGGGGUCCUGCUGCGCCCGCUGGGCUGCCAUGAGCUUCCUCUCCCUCCUCAUGCCCUGCCUCUGCUGCUACUUUCCCACCUUGGGGUGCCUCAAACUUUGCCAGCGGGGUUACGACGGCCUGAAACGCCCCGGCUGCCGCUGCCAGACCCACACCAACACGGUGUGCAGAAAGAUCUCCUCCUCCAGCGGCACGCCUUUCCCCAAGACGCUGGAUAAGCCGGUAUGACCCUCCCGGGGAGGAGAAGCAGGCUUGAUUCCUCUUCCUCCUCCUCUCCCCUUCAUCCCUGUCCUCCUUUGGCUCCCUCCGCUCUGCUGUGCUCCCCCUGCCCACCGCCUCCUCUUGGGAACGAGACUCAGGGUCCCCCGGCCACCAGGAGCACGCAGGCUGUGGCUCUUCCCACGGGAGGAAGAGGUGGUUCCACGCAUCCCAAGCCGGAGUCCUCCAGGAGCCUGGACUCGUUCUCUCCUCCUCUCCUUCCAGCACUUUUCAUGGGUGGUCUCCACUUUCUGCCACUGCCCACAGCCCACUUCCCCAGGUGCUGCAGGGCUCCCCCAGGCAGCAGCGGCUUCCCCGCCUGCUUGGAAGCCACUGGGAGAUGCCAGCUAGCUCUGAAAUGAGAUGGCAUCUCAUUUUGUGCUGCCUCCAAGAGGAAGGGAAGGUGUGGGAAGCUUUCGAAACCUUUUGGCUCCCGCCCAGCUGCAGCGAGGGGAAGGUCCCCCUGGGAUUUGAUGGAGAGCGAGAUGCUGGUUUGAAAUAGCCAUUCAUUCCUCCACGCCUGGAGGUGCAGUGCUGGAGGGGCUGCCUCCAAAGUGCAAACCUGGUGGGAUGGGAGGGGGUUGGUGCUCCCCCCAAGCUCUGUCCCAUCACUGAGCAGAUGCUGCACCUCCCCUUCUACCCUCACAGGCUUGUCCUUGGGGGUAGGGUGAAGUAGCCAUGGGGAUAGGAGCUUUGUCCCACCAUCCUGUUCCCUAGAUCUGCCUUCUGCCUGUCUGGUACCUUCCACCAGCACUGAAUUCACUUUAAAAGAGUCCCUAAACCCAACUAUCAACAGCCAGCGCUGCUCUCCCUGCCACUUAGCACUGAUGUGGGGGGACUCCCCAGUGGGGGGGCCCUGCUUUGGGUUGGGGAAAAUGGAGAGCAGAAAGGGAUGUCCAAAGACGGGAACCUGACCUUCCCUCCCUGCGGAGGUUGCCUUUGAGUCCUCGCCUUGCUUUCCUUUGCCAUCAGCGUGCCACACCACCACCAGUGUCACUGCUGAGGGCAUUCUGUGACAGCGUUGGCAAACUGGAAAUGGGGCUGAACCGAGCCCUUGGGCUGGGCCAUCUGCAGACCAGAAGGAAACCUGAGACAGGGUCAGUGCUCCAUGAUUUAUGUGCUAUGAUAAAAAGUCAAUCCCAUUGCUGCAGCUGGGGGGCGAUCCUCCCGGACCUGGACCCCCAUCUCCGCUUGCAUCGGCCAUGGGUCGGGGGAGUUUGGAGCUGGGAUGCUGUCCCAGCGCUCGGCUCUGCCCACCCGUCCCUCCCUCAAGACGUGUGUGUGCGGAGGGAAGUGAAUGGUUCCCCUGGAGAAAUAUAUGCAACGUCUCCCUUGGCUUCCUCCAAGACCCUGCCGUCCAGGGCUUGCCCAUUGCAUUCACUCAGCCACCUCUUUCCGUAGAGUUCUGUGGAUCUAUUUUUGUAUAUAUAAAUAUAACGUUAGGAUGGCUAGGACUAUUACUAAUAAUAUCCAUGAUACUGCUGUGAAUGGUGCCAGAUGCAAGGUUUGGCUUCCUGGUACACUUGCACAUGCUGGAAGAUGAUUUCCAAGUCUGUUUAUUGCUAAUCCUAGACCUUUAGUUCCUGGGUAGUCGGGAGAGGGGGACAGGGAGGUUUGCAGGCUGCAGAGAGGGGGUAGGAUUUAGUGCUGGCUUGCAGUGAGCCAGGAGGUAGGCUUUCAUGAUGGGAUUCAUCUUCCCAUACAUUUGCUAUCUAAAAUCCGCGUCUGAUCCAAGCUCCCUCUGCUGCAGAAAAAAGCAGCUCCAGGGAGUGAUUCAUCCCCCUUGAAAACAUUAAUUAAAUCGUGCUCUGGCGGUGCCCGACUCCCUUGACUCUAAGGGACCCAGAUGUUGAACUUGUGGCAGGGGAGGUGGAUCCCAUCCGUGGUGUGAAGUUUGUGCCUGGGGCGUGUUACGGGCACGACUGAGAUCCUGACCCUGGUCUCACCUGGAGCCUGAGGGGUGCUGAUGGAAGAUGUUUCCUCUGGCCAGACAGAGAGCCCACCUCCGUGAGUGGUAGGGAAUUCAGGGUGGUGCUGGGGCUUGCAGCAAGGAUCUCCUGGUGUUCAGAAGGGAGAAGAUGAUGCCCGAGCAGUUUGCAGGUCCUCCAUGGCCAGCCAUUUGGGUUUUAAGGCAAUAACCUUCUCAGAAAAUAGCCUGUAGGUGUCUGUACCACCACAAGACAAGUCCAUCUCUGUGGCAUUGGUUGUAAAAUAUUUUGCAAAUGUAUUUUUCCAUAUGCCAACAGUUGCUUGGCUCCCUAUUUCCAAGCAGUGUUUCGGGGAGAGACUUCCACCAAGAGGCACCCUUCCUUUUCAACACUCUGUUCACUUCUCUAUUGGCGCUGAUUAAACUUAUUCCUCCUAGAAAGUGUAAAUCUUUUUAGGGUAAAAAUCCAACCCCCCCCCCCCUUUUUUUUUUCCAUUGAGGAUUUGAACUGUCUCACUUCAAUGAGAAUGUGAAAUAGUUCAUUGAAACUUUUAGAAGAAAACUAAUGAACAGAAUUUUCCAACUUGCUCUACUUUGAUUUUUUUUCCUCCUCCUUUUUAAAUGGAGCUGUCUUGUAAAUUUAGUUACCACCUCUGUAUCUUUGCAAUUCAUUGCUUCCUCUCCUGAUGGUGGAAUGACUCAACAUGUGAAGCUUCAUCAUUUUCACGGCCUCCCAAGUCAUGCAAGCAUGGGGUGACCUCCCCCAGGUGCUGGAGCUGCCGGAUGAGGAGAUGGCUGUCCAGAUACCAGCUCCUCAGCGCCAGUUUGGCUUGGCACCAGCAUGGCGAGGUGGAGCCCUGCACUACAACUGCAGCAAAUUUGCCUUCUGUGAUUGAUAAGAGGCCAGGAUGUCUUCUGCUUAAUGGGCUUUUUCUGGGUCAGUGCGGAAGUCCCAUUUCCCAUAGGGAACCAUGCCACAGCCUGGGCGCAGGGCUGCGGAGUCCGGCCAGGUCUCUUGGAUGUCUGAUCUGCAAGAAAUGCCAAGUCUGUGAGAUAUAUCGUAUGGAAUAUGGGGCACGCAGACGGGCAUUGACAGGAAGGGAGCCCCGGGUGGGCACGGAGGGCUGUCAGGCCAUGCAGGGCUCGGUUUGGCUGUGUUGAGGGUAAAAUGCAGAGCCACGUCCAGGUCUUAUAGUUGCAUGGGCUGGAGAUGUUCAGGACUGUCUGGCCCUACCCUGUUCAUGGAGGCUUCAUGCGGGGUUACUGCUUCCUGCUCAUCUGGAGGGGCCUCGAAGAGCUCCCAUUACUUGCUCUCGGCAGAAAAGACAGGUUGGGAUUUGCCAAAAGCUCUCAGAGGAGGCCAGCUCUGGUUCUUUGAGCUCUUCUGCUGUCAGGAAGACUGUGGGCAGUCUCUGAUCAUUUUUUUUUUUUUUUUUCUCCCAAGCUUUUCCUAAUGUCUUCAGACCAGAUCCAUCCUGCUCCUUCCCCAUCUCUGCCUGCCAGAUAGUUUGGUUUCCCUUUCGAGAGGACUCCAAUUUUGGUUGGAAUUGUGAGCCCCUUUCCUGCCCCACCCUGUAAUGAGUCAGAUAACAUCUGCUCCAGAUGUUUGUUUGCAGCUGCUUGUCCUGACAGUUUGGGUUUCUCUCUGUCCCGACGUGUCUUUUCUGGUUUUCUUUUUGGAGAGUCACAUGUCAAGUCCUCUGUUUUCCCUGCACCCCUGUGACCCGACAAGGAUGGAUCUGCUUCACAAGAGAGCAUUUCUCCACGUUGUGUGUCUGUGCUGGUCGUGGGCUCCUUUUCCAAGAAACAUGUUAGGGCAAAUUUAAGGAAAGAGAGACUCAGGUGCCAAAGGAGCAGGAGGCAGGGCAGGAGCUGCUGAGCAGGACCUGAGCUCCCCCUGCUCUGCUCUUCCCAUCCGGAUCUCCAAAGACUCCUGAUGGUGCUUGCUCUGUGCCAUUCCCCCAGCCCCGCUCCCCUCCUUCAAUACUGGUAAAUGUAUGGACACUGUUGAGGAGAGGUUACUGGGGACCGGGGUGAAGACUCCAUCCCAUACCAGCUCCUCCAGCCCUCCUGGUGGAAGGGCAGAGGUGCUCCUUGGGCUGCUGCUCGGGUUGCCACCUACCCCUGAGAAACCUUGGUGCCUCGCAUCAAAGCAGAAGCUGGCAGCUAAGGAUCACCCAAAAAAAAUAAUAAAAUUGAUUUGUAGCGUUGGGUUUGGGGGGGAGAAGCUCUUUGGGAUUGUAUUCUCCUAUCCCCAUAAAAUCCUGUUGAGUUGGCUCUUCCCCAUCCUCAAGUAUGAUCCCAAAGACCGGUGGGGAAGUGUCAUCGACCAAAAGAUGCCAAAGCACAAAAUUACAGUUUGCAGACAGCUGCUUUAGUGCAAUAAAGAGGGAUGAGUGGCGGGGCGAGAGAAGCUGCUGUAGGGUUUGUGCGAGUGGGCUGGCCCGGGGGGGGAUGCGCCAUGCCCCAGCCUUGUUUCCAGCAUCUGCUCUGUUAGGUUGCUCGCUCUCUCUGGUCCGUGGGUGUUUUGAGGCUGCAUUGGAUAUUGGAAGGUCUUUUUGUGAUCAGCGUGUGGGGAAAGUAGAGAAGGAUGUACCCCCUACUCCCCACCCCAAAGCCCAUUGGUGCUUUUUAGUAGGCUCCAGGUGAGGCUCGCCUCCUUCUGGGAGCCCACGGAGCCCACUCCUGCAGGAUGCUCGCAGCAGCUGCACGUUGCUGGUUGGGAUCUGAACCAGAGCUGUGCUCUCCUUUGGGCUUGGCAUGGUUUGGGGUACUUUUCAGUGAGCAUUGGGAUCUCUUGCAAGCUCCGUCUCCUUCUAGUAACCGCUCUGUGCCCCCAGAGCAGGAACCUGCCCAGGCGAGGCUUGGUCUGCCUGGGGUGCUUGUCACAGAAGAAUCCCCUGAGGGCAUAAUCCAGGGGGCUGAAAGGUGCCCCGCAAGGGCCCGCAGGCAGGAGGGGUGUUGGAUGGAUGGGGAGAGAAUAAAUGCCCCUUAGGGGCAUGGUGAAUGUCCCAGUGCUGAGCCAGGGGAAGCACUGGGCUGCAGGGGCAGAGGGCUCACACUGGGUCUCCGUCCUGCUGCGCCUUCCUGCAGCACCCAAAGGGCCUCAGCAGGACCAAACCCUCCCUGGUGUUGUGGCCCCCCUGGAGCUGGCAGGGCUGGUCCCCUCCUUCCCUGCCUGGAGCCCCUUUCCCCCUUCUCCUCCCCUUCUCCUCUGCCCAUCUUCUCCCAAGGGCUCCCCCAGGCCUUCAUGAUGCUCGGCAGACAGGCAGCCCCCUGCCUCCCCAGGGGUCCUCAGCACAAAGUUCUGCUGAGAAGACGGGUCCCCUUGGCUUCAAAGGAGGGUCUCGUAGCAAGAACCGAAGCCUCUCCUUCUCCGUUUAAUUGGUACAAAGGCAUUCUGUACAGUGUAUAAAGAGGUCCCUCCCCGGCUGCCUUUAUUUGGGUUCCUUUCUAUAAGGUAUAAUACAUGUUUAUAACCUGAUGGCUGUUUUUUGACAAUACUCUUGUACCUUUUAAGGGGAAAAAAUAAAAUUAAAAAAAAAAAAAACACAAAGUAUUUAUUUCAAAAGUUUAUUUUAAAGAUAAGAAAAAAUAACCUAUUUAUUUUAAUGCACCCCCUUCUGUUUGGUUUUCUUCUCUUGCAAAGCUAAUAACUGUUACUGAACCACUGCUGAGAUGAAAGAAGUAAUUCUAUGGGUGGCUUCACAAGCCCACUUAGAGCAAAUAUUCAAUAAAAAUAUAUAUUAAUUUUGAA